GCGGGAACAUAAUGUUUGGUGAAAGCGCGGAAAUAAUACAGAGAAUCGGGUCUUCUCGUUCUGUGGAACCGGGACGAAGAUUCAGAAACAGCCGGUUCCGGCACCGAAUCAAAAACCUUGUUGCCCUCCUUCGUCUGUUACGGCAGCUUCCAGUGUAAUCGUCUCUGUUGUUGAAUGAUGCCGGGACGAGGGGUUGCUGAUGAUGAUUCAGGUGUAGUCAAACUUAAUUUGUGUCGCAGACUCAUCAAGGACCAUAGAGUAUCAUCAUAUUAUUAUGGUAGAAAUGAAAUUGAAGAUAAUGUUUCAACUUAUCGGUGGAAAUUUAAUGCGGAGAAGGCAACAAAAGCACUUAUUUUUGCAACCAUUGUCAAUGAGCUGCCUCCAAGGUGUGUAGUGGAGAGCCAACAGUUCAGGUCUUUAGUGUCAUCAGCCUGUCCUACUUUUCGGGUUCCAUCAAAAUCACUUCUGCAGGAGGAAUGCCGUCAACUGUUUGAGGAGGAGAAAGCGAAGUUGAAGACAUUGUUGUGGAACCGGAUGGGUUAGCAUCUCUUUAGGCACUUGGAUGUCAAGACAAGGGAUUGUUUAUAUGUGUAUGAAAGCAAAUUUCAUAGAUGUUGAUAGGGUGUGUGGGAAAGUGUUGGAGAUUUUUGAAAUUUCUGAUCAAGGCAACCAGGAGAUAGAAAAGGUUAUUGAGAAAUGCUAAUCUGAUUUGGGGAUUGAUAGGAUUUUUGCUCUUACUGUUGAUCAUUUGUGUGCAAAUGAUCUUGCCAUUCGCAGCUUGAGAAAAAGGUUAUCUUGUUCAGAGAAGACGUUGCUUGGUGGUAAGUUUUUCCAUCUAAGUUGCAUUGAUGGCCUGAUAAAUCUUAUUGCAUUCGAUGGCUUACGUGAAUUUGCUGAUUCAGUUUCUCGUGUGCGUUCAGCUGUUCAAUACAUUAGGCUUUCUCCUGACAGAUUGAAAAAGUUUCAAGAGUGUGUUGAAUUAGAGAAACUAGAGUUGAAGAGAGGUUUGUGCUCAGAUGUUCGAACCAAUUGGAUUUCAACCUAUGUUAUGUUGGAUGCUGCUCAAAAGCUCAAGAAAGCUUUUGAUAGGUUGCAGGGUAUGCAUCCUCAAUGCAGAAAUGAACUCGGUGUGAAGAAUGGGAUGCCUAAUGAGGACGAUUGGUGUAAAGUCAGGUGGCUCAUCAAGCUGUUGUGGCGCUUGCAUAUGUUAGCAUUGCAUAUCUCUUGCUGUUUUCAUGCCACUACAAACGUGAUCUUCUUAAGGAUAUUACAUAUCCACGCAUUCUUGGCUAAUGCAGGGAAAUGUAAAGAUGAUGUGAAUAAUAUAAGUUCAGUCGCAAGGAGAAUGGAGGAAAAAUUUCAGAAUUAUUGGGAAAAGUAUGAAGAAUGGCGUUGGUUUUGUACCUUGCGCUAAUCUUUGUUCCCCGGUACAAGUUGAGUUGUAUGAAGUUGAUUCCUCAAGAAUCAAAUUUAUUCACAACAGAUAUGAAAAGAAUCAUUCGUGAUUGUGCUUACCCUCUGUUUGAUGAAUAUGAUAAGUUAAAUCGACCUGAUAUAUUGACAUCUAUCUCGGAGGAGAUCCAAAUCAAAGAAGGUGAAUCUUGUGACUAUGAUAGUUUUGAGGAGUUUGAGAAGCAGUGGAUUGAAGAGAAACGGUAGACUGCUAAUGCUGAUGGUAGAUCAGAGUUAGAAAGAUAUCUGAAUGAGCCUGUUGUUGAAACCAGUCCUUAUUUUGAUCUUUUAGGUUGGUGGUGAAGCGAAGGGGAUAGAUUCCCUGUUGUAUCAAGUAUGGCUCUUAAUCUGUUGGCAAUUCCUGCUUCGACAAAAGCUGCUUUGGGUUCCAUUUGUGGUUUCACUCAUACAAAGAAGUUUCAUGAUAAGGUUUAUUUUAUUUCCAAGCAGAACUGGGUUGAUCAGCCAAAACCUUUCUGCCCUGUACAAGAUUUACAUGAACAAUCAGAGAAAGGUAUACAUGGUCCAUUUGCUUCUUACAAACUUACAACAGUCAUCUCCAAUCUCCAUGCUUAUCUUUGAUAGUUGGUAAAGGAAAAAAGGAUUCAUGCAUUUUUUGCCUUGAUUGUAUCAAGAUACUUAUUUCACCUCAUCUACGCAUUUUCAGGUGUGUGAUCAGCUAGCCAUGAGUGGAACUGGAGGUUUUUUUUGGCUUUAGUGAUUCAAUCUUUGGAGCCUUUCUUACCUGCAUCCGAGAUCAACUGAAACUGACUCUAGUCUGGAGUUUUAUGCAGAGAUAACUGUAAUUUGGUCGAAUAUAUAGACUACUGGACUUUGAUGUUUCGAUAUGUUGAGAUUUUGAAUUCUUUACCUUCGUGUAAAUUCUCUUCCUGUUUUUGUUUCUGAUUAUUAAAUUGUUUGGGCUCCAAUUUAAUGCACUAUUUCCUGUAUCUCUCCUUAAUUGAGGGAAAAAGUUAAUUUCAUUCAUAGGUACUGGAAAUCGUCCAUUAACAUUGCUAGAUAGAAUCUUUAAGAGUGUGGAAUUGGAGACCCUGGAAUGGAAGAGAGGGUUGUGUACCGAUGUUUCCAAUGGAUCUCAACCUAUUUGAUGUUAGACGCUCCUCACAGGUCCGAGAAAGCAUUUGAGAGGUUUUGUGUAUCCGCAUUCUCAGUGCAGAACUGAGCCUCCUGAGGAUAGUGUGAUGCCUAAUGAGGAGGAAUGAUCGUAAAGUCAGGUGGCUUAUCAGGCUAUUGUGGCCUUGUGGGUAUUGCAUGAGUUAGCAUAGCAUAUGACCUGUUGGUCUCAUGUCACAGUAAAUAAAACGCUCUUAUAUUCUAAGCAUUCGUUUGUAACUUUGCUGAUCCAGAGGAUUGUGACGAUGUGGAUACAAGUCCAACCAGAGACUUCAUUGCCGCAUGAACGACUAAAG